CCGCGUUCUCUCCCCCAAAUCCCAAUCAAUCUAAUCUGAAGAGAAAUGGUGAAUCAAGAUUCAAAGCAGAGUAGUCCCCAACAAAACCCUAAACAAAAUACCCACAAAUCCGACUGUAUUUUCCUCAGUCCCAGAUUCAAGUCGGCGGCUGCCAUAGCCGGUUGGGAUGAAGAAGCGCUUCGUCUUGCAUUUGAAGACACGCCCGAUAGACUUCUCAAGAGCAAGAAACGCUCCGAUUCACAAUCCAUCACAACUCCAUCCGCCAAUUCAUCAAGGAAACGCAGAACCCUAAAGAGAAACUCCGUUGCAACACCUGUACCCAUUAUUAACCUUGAUGAAAUCGAAACCUUGGAAGGAGAUGCAGACAGUGAGAAGAAGAAGAAGAAGAAAGAGAAUCUGGGUGAAGAUCAGAAGAGGAAGAAGAAGAAGAAGAUGAUUGAAGAAGAAGAAGAAGAACAAUGUCCUAAUUCAUCUGUUCCAUGUAUAGAUCGACUCAGAGAAGAACUCUCUUGCGCGAUUUGCUUGGAGAUUUGCUUCGAACCGAGUACCACAACUUGUGGGCACAGUUUUUGCAAGAAAUGCUUACAAUCUGCAGCCGACAAGUGUGGGAAGAGAUGCCCAAAAUGCAGGCAGCAGUUAAUCAGUAAUGGGAAAAGUUGCAGUUUGAAUACAGUCCUAUGGAACACCAUACAACUUCUUUUCCCUGAAGAAGUUGAACAAAGGAAGAAGGCAUUAUUAGUUGAAGAACAGCAUCAAACUCCUCUUCCUGCAAGAAAUAACAAUAGAAAUGGUGGUGGUGGGUAUAAUAGGAAUCGGAUAGUGGAAGCCCUAAACAGUCCCGAAGAUGAGCAACAAAGAAGGAGAAGGAGGAUCUUGAGGAGAGCAAUGCCGAGCCAAGAUGAAGAUGCUGCUUUGGCUUUAAGGCUACAAAGACAGGAAUUCAUGGAAGUUUCUCGAGAGAACCAACAGCAGAGAACCUCGGCUGGAGCAAAUUUGAGGGCUAUAGCAUCCAGGGCUGUUACUAUUCGAAGACUUAGAGGAGGCAACACCACCAACAACAGGGAGAGGAACUAAAACAGAGAACUCUUAGUUUCACCUAGGGUUUUUAUAUGUUCUAACCUCAAGAAUGAAUUGUAAACUAACCUUGUUGAGGGAUAAAUUUUGGUAAUGGGCAAUGUUCUUCAUCCCCACUGCAGCUUCCUAGAAAGAUCAAAUCUCUAAUACAUUGAAUGAAACAACAAAGAUAAAUCAAAAGACAAUGUAAACAGUUUCAAUGUUGUUCUUCUGAUUGUACCCAAGAGAUAUACAGUUGGUACCAAAAAAAAUGAAAAAAAGAACAACAUCGCAUGAGG